UCAGGAUCUGUUGCUCUAUUCAUCCCGUUCAUAAGAAAAAAUAAUAAUAGUCUAAUAGUUUGCGUUUAGAUAUCGUCCGAUUGGCAGCCGCAGUCUAUUCAACGCGCAUCUAAAGCCUUCAGCGGAAACUGUGCAGAGUGAGACCAGAAGCGCCUGCUCUCUGGAGGAGACUCAAGAGACUGAAGAAGGAGUGAAUCUUAGUGGCAAACUUGACACUGCAUCCACAUGGCAGAGCCCAACUUCCCUCCACUGCCUGGAUUCAUUCCACUCAAGCCAUGUUUCUAUCAGGACUUUGAUGAGAUCCCUGAGCAGCACCGCAGCAUGUGCAAGAAAAUGUACCACCUGUGGAUGUUGAAUAGUGCCACACUUGCGGUGAAUCUCAUUGGCUGCUUUGCUUGGAUGUUUGGUGGAGGUGGAGUGACCAACUUCGGACUAGCUAUCAUCUGGCUAAUCAUGUUCACUCCCUGCUCUUACGUCUGUUGGUUCAGGCCCAUCUACAAGGCCUUCAAGAGUGACAGCUCUUUCAACUUCAUGCUGUUCUUUUUUGUGUUCAUGGCCCAAGUUGGCAUCAGCAUCAUCCAAAGCAUCGGCAUCCCAGGAUGGGGAGUAUGUGGUUGGCUUGCUACUAUCUCUUUCUUCAGCUAUAAUAUCUUGAUCGCACUGAUCAUGCUGGUCCCUACUCUCAUGUUCACUGCUGUGGCCUCACUGUCCUUCAUUGCCCUCACCAGGAUCCAUAAUUUCUACCGUGGCAGUGGGGCCAGCAUGACCAAAGCACAGGAGGAAUGGACCACAGGAGCCUGGAAGAACCCUCAUGUCCAAGCAGCAGCCCAGGAAGCCGCCAUGGGGGCAGCUGCCGGAGCCAUGCAGAAUCAGUACUCCAGCCCACAAUACAAUGACAACCAGAUGUAGCCUCUUGACAACAAGAGGUGUCAAAGAAGUGACGUGACAGUUAUGCCAAAGUUUGAGCGACAGGGUUAGGUAGGGUUAGGAAGAUCUCACCCACAGUACUGUUUCAGAAAAAAGAACACUGGCAUAUUUUAACAGGUUCAGUUUUUACAUUUUGGUCACGUCACUCACUAAGCAGAAUUGUCAGUGAUUUCAAACAAUUUCAUCAUUUGGCAAACAAAUAUCUCCCAGUGGGAUGUUGGUUUUCACCUUCCCGUGUUGAAGGGCAUGCUAAUUAUUUGUCAUGUUUUAUAUCAUUUCUCAUGUAUUUUCAUGUUUGAGAAAUUGAAAUGUAACUAGUUUUGAAUGUGUAUUACUUUAGUGGCUCCAUCAUGAGAGCUGUGUACUUUGUGUUGACCUACAGUCCUAGCAGUUUUUACAAAAGAGGAAAAAUAUAUUUUUUUUUCUUCAAAAAUACAAAGAUGUACAAUAAUCUUUAUUGUAUUGAAGCCUCAAAUAGUGUGUAUUAAAUAGUGUGUAAUAGUAGUGAAUAGUGUGAAUUCAUGUAUUUAUUUAUAAAUGUUUGAAUGAAAAAUUACUUAGGAUGUAACAUUUUAGUAUUUCUUUCAUUUCAAACUCAAGGGUAAACCAAAGAUUCAUUGUAAUUUUGUAACUUUAUUUUAAAUUAUGCUACUUUCUGUGACCUCGGCACAAUUUCAUCAUGUUUCUAUGCAGUUUAUCAAUGCUUGCACUGUGAAAUGAAAGAAUGUUGCUGUGGAAAAAAAAACGGCGUUAUCGCAAGUCUUAAAUUGGAUUUAAAUAGAAACAGAAAAUUUAAUCUCACUCAAAGCUGCCUCUUUGAUGUACUUCCUGUUAGCAUGUCUACCUACACUGAAAAUACCAGAUUUACAUCACAGAAUGAACUCGUUUUGAAUUAGUUCUACAUAAAUUCAGGAAAAAAUGAAUAAGUAAAAAUAAGUGAAAUACAUUAGUCAUGUGCUGUAGCCAUUUUACUUUAUUUAGUUUUGUGCUGACUGUCAGUUCAGCAUGGUCUUUUAUAAACGGUGUUGUCGAAUGCAGUGUUUAAAAGACAACCUUUCUGCUGCUGUACGGCUGUUUGACCACAGAGAGGCGCUGAUGGCUUU